UAGUUCUUGAUAUAUUUGUGAGUUUUCCGUCCCAUCGGGCUCCUGCCAUGUGGUGGGGUUGCUUGUUUCUGGCAGCGCUGCUGGUGGUUGCAGAUUGUGGAGGAGUUGAGCAGAAAACAGACGGACUCAGGAGCUCCACGCCGAAAUCCAACAGCAGCAGCGGUCGGAGGUAUCACCGGAUCCAGCAUGGACAGUGCAGCUACACGUUUAUCCUCCCGGAGAGCGAUGGAAACACUUGUCGAGAGUUUAAAUCGGGCACGGCGUACAAUGCCAAUGCAUUACAGCGGGACGCUCCUCAACCCGAAGCCGACUUGUCCAACCAGAAGAUCCAGCAGCUGGAGCACGUCAUGGAGAACUACACGCAGUGGCUACAGAAGAUUGAGAACUACAUCAAAGACAACAUGAAGACGGAGAUGGUGCAGCUACAACAGAGCGCCGUCCACAACCACACGGCAGCCAUGCUGGAAAUGGGCACCAGUCUUCUGUCCCAAACGGCAGAACAGACGCGAAAACUGACCGACGUGGAGACCCAGGUUUUGAAUCAGACGUCGCGGUUGGAAAUUCAGCUGCUGGAGAACUCGCUGUCCACCAAUAAGCUGGAGAAGCAGCUCAUGAUACAGAUCAAUGAAAUCAACAAGAUUCAUGACAAGAAUGGGUUUCUGGAGGAAAAGAUGCAGGAGCUGGAGGAUCGGCACCGGCAGGAGCUGGAGUCUCUGCGGACGGAGAAAUCUGACCUGCAGGCUCUGGUCAGCAGACAGAGUUCAGUGAUCCGCGAGCUGGAGAAUCAGCUGAGCAGAGCUACCGGAAACAGCACAGCACUUCAGAGACAGCAGCAGGACCUGAUGGAGAGCAUGCGCAGCCUCCUCAGCCUCUGUGCUAAAGACGCCUCUACAGCAGUGGUACCGAACAGCACCAAGCAGGCUGACGAGGAGCGAAAGUUUCGGGAUUGUGCUGAUCUUUAUCAAGCAGGCUUCCAGAAAAACGGAGUUUACACCAUCAAUAUUAGCCCACAAGAGACCAAAAAGGUGUACUGUGUGAUGGAGUCUGCUGGCGGAGGCUGGACGGUGAUCCAGAAGCGUGAAGACGGCACUGUGGAUUUCCAGAAAACAUGGAAAGAAUAUAAGAUGGGUUUUGGAAGCGUGUCGGGCGAACACUGGCUGGGGAACGAAUUUGUCCACGUUCUGACCAAUCAGAGGCAGCACGGCCUCCGCGUGGAGCUGAGUGACUGGGACGGACACCAGGCCUUCUCUCAGUACGACAGCUUCCACAUCGACAGCGAGAAACAGAAAUACAGGUUGUUUUUGAAGACCCACAGCGGGACGGCGGGACGGCAGAGCAGUUUGGCCAUCCACGGAGCAGACUUCAGCACCAAAGACGUGGAUAAUGAUAACUGCACAUGCAAGUGUGCACUGAUGCUCAGCGGCGGCUGGUGGUACGACGCCUGCGGGCCAUCCAACCUGAACGGUGUGUAUUACAGACAAGGACAGCAUGUCGGAAAAUUUAAUGGAAUCAAAUGGCACUAUUUCAAAGGGCCCAGUUACUCUCUGCGCUCCACCGUCAUGAUGAUCCGACCAGCCGACUUCUCAUAGUCCUCU